UAUAAAGGAUAUGGGAUGCUCUGUCAAGAAAAUAUACCCAGCCGUUACUCAGCACCCUGGGUCUCAGGUUGUGGCAAGGCCGAGUAUCAGCUGCAGCCAGCUUAGGGAAACACACACACCAAGCUCUGGGGAGGUACUGUGGCAUGACUCCACCAAAUAUUUACUGAGCUGCUACUGAGCUGUGGACCAGACACUGUGGCACUGAAGAUAGAGCUGUCAACAGUUCUCACUUUGAUGGAGCUUGUAUUCUGGUGAGUUUUGAAAGAACAGUGAAUUUAAAAGACAUACUUUAGACCUGGGUCUAUGUGACAUUUGGUCUGUUAAUUUUAUUUAGACCCCGUUUCUUCACAUGUGACGCUGGCUAUCAAAAAGACACAGUUGUGGCAAUAGAAUAAGGCCAGGUGGGCACUCUGUGGCAUGGCAAAACCAUUCUUUGGUACACCUGGCCUGGCUCUGGGGAGACCUGGUGGUUGGGCCGGUCAGCUGGGCCCGAAUUCCGGGAACUGGAGCGUAGGGGCACCACACACUCGAGAGCUCCAGAUUUCUGGGUGGGACCUACCGCCGCUGGCGAGAGCGUGUCCUGCCGGUACCUGGCGUCUCGCAGAGCAUGCUGGGAUGCGCAGCGUCUUAGGGCCGCCAUUGGUCUCGUUUCGCGGACCGACGAGAGAGGCAGCCAAUCAGAGGGAGCACCGCUCGGGAUGUGCGGAAGCGGAAGUGAGGUUUCCGUGGAGACGGCCGAGCCUGGGGAAGGCGGCGGCGGUGGCGGCAGCGACGGCGACGGUGGCACCUGCGAGCGGAGGCCGAGACAGGGCAUGGCGGCGCUGUCGGCUCUGUGAGGGCGGAGCGGCCGUGGGGCCCGCCAUGCGCCGGCGGCCCUGACAUGGGCGCCAGCGGCUCCAAAACUCGGGGGCUGUGGCCCUUCGCCUCAGCGGCGGGGGGCAGUGGCUCGGAGGCGCCCGGCGCGGUGGGUGCUGAUCAAGCUUUGGUGCGGCCGCGAGGCCGAGCUGUGCCCCCCUUCGUUUUCACGCGUCGUGGCUCCAUGUUCUAUGAUGAAGAUGGGGAUCUGGCUCACGAGUUCUAUGAAGAGACAAUCGUCACCAAGAAUGGGCAGAAGCGGGCCAAGCUGAGGCGGGUGCAUAAGAACCUUAUUCCUCAGGGCAUCGUGAAGCUGGAUACCCCCCGCAUCCAUGUGGAUUUCCCUGUGAUCCUCUAUGAAAUGUGAGCCUGGAGGGUGGCAGGCACAAGCGCCUCCUGCCCCAGCAAGAAAUUCCCGGGCUCAAGGUGUGGCUUCCCUUGAGGACCUCAGGCUGGGGCCACAACCCUGAAUAAACUCCGUUGGCCUGGAACCUUCAGCUGUGAGCAGGGCAGUUCUUCAGUGUUGGUGUGUGUGUAUGGACAAGAAGCAAGACAGGACUACUCUGGUCAGGAAUGCCUAGUUCUUGUGCCCUUGCCUGGCCUGCUUUCUUCCAAGCUUGCCUGAGGCCCAGGCCUGUUUGAGGCCAUAGCACUUUACAAGUAAGGUCUGCCUUCUUCCAGCCCCUGGGCUGUGGGGGCUAUACACAAAUGGGAACUUCCAUUCCUUCGCUUCCCUUGUCCCCUUGUUGGAGCAUUUCAGCCGUUUGCUACCUCGAUUCUUCCUGUGUUGGACAGAGGCUGGGGGCAGCACCAGCCUGAUGCUUUCUGCCUACUUGCCCAUCUGUUCCUACUCCCAGAUGGAUGAACACUUUGCUGGCAGUUGAUAGUAGAGGGGACUGAUGUGGGAGACUUCUCCUUCCACCCAGGGCUGGGCUGACCUCUCCCACUGCAACUGAUUGUUGCACUGGUCCCCCAGUUAAGAGGGUGCAGGCCAGGUCAGGAAGGGGCGUCGAUGCCUGUGCCUAAGGGGAGUUGCCCCAACCUACCUACUCUGUCUAAUCCCCCUUGCCUUUGCACCAGCCCUCCCCUUCAGAGGUGAUCAUCCACAACCCUGUGAUAAUGGACAGCACCCCAGGGUGGUGCCAGUAGCUCUGAGGCACCCAUCAACUCUCACCUGUAGUAUCCCCACCCCUUCAGGAUCAGUCAACGGAAAGUACUGGAGCCCCUGCCUUUUGUGCCCUAAGUAGGGACAGAAAGGAGGACACAAUAAUAAAAAGAAGACUUAAAAUGUGAAGGUUUGUAAAUAGUCCAUGAUGUUGUUGGGGCAGAGUCUGAUUUCUAUACAAAGAUGGUUUUUUUUUUUUUUAAUUACUGUGCAAGAUGUGUGCUUCUAGAGUGUGGGAAAAUGGCUAGGGGACAGUGGUCCCCAGCCUAGGAAGGCUGCUGUGUUACUUGUUCAAUUUCAAUAAAAGUAUUUGUAGA